GAACGGUAGCAGUUCUGCCAACCAAAGUAGUGCGUAUGACAGUCUCCCCAGAUGAGUCAGCGAACUGUUUUUUGUAACAAAUAAUUCCGAUUGUUUUUUGCGAAAUAUCAAUGGGUUUUACUGUUUAACGUCGCUAAUUCGUGGGAUUUAUUGUGCAGCAGUGCGGUGUGAACGAAUAACAGCCUACAAGCCAUCUUUCCACUAAUGUGCGCGCAUUAAUUGACAAAAAACAAAAUCCAUUUGACGUCUUUUUUCACCCAAUCCAGGCCAGUCCAGGCAUUAUAACCUUACAAUUCCACAGAAAGGACGCGUGCAUUAGCAAGACGGAUUUUCUCACAUAUUUCUCUGUGCAUUAUGAGUCUGUACGCUUGGGGUGCGAAUAGUUAUGGCCAAUUAGGGCUGGGCUACAAGUCGGAAGAAGAAAUCAGCCCUAAGGAGAUUUCGCUUAAAGGUAGCGAAUUGAAUGCUAGGGAUAUCGUGUGCAUUACUGGAGGAGCUGGUCAUACUUUGAUUUUGGAUUGCCAUGGUUUCGUCUAUUGCUGCGGCUGGAACUCCAAGGGCCAACUGGGCCUGUCUGACGAUACGGUCAAGCUCACUCAAAUCGAGAUUUUAAAGGAAUUUAAAAUCGUGGAAAUAUCCUGCGGUUGGGACUUCAGUGCCGCCGUGUCCGAAUGCGGCAAACAGUUCGUAUGGGGCAACAAUCAGUACACCCAGCUGGGGCUGUCAAAAAGCAUAACAUGUACGGGCAUUCCUUCAAGACUGCAAGUGUCUCAGAAAUUAGCAACUGGCUUCAAGAAGGUGAGCUGCGGCUUGAGACACUCCGCCAUGAUCACCAAAGAGCGCGGCCUUUUGGUGGCUGGGACAGGAGCCAAAGGCCAGCUGGGCUUAGGGGACAAUUUUGAUGAUAAUAACUACUUGAGUAUAACAAGAUUACCCGAAUUGGAGGAUGUGAUUAGUGUAGCCAGUGGGCAGAAUCACACUCUGGCACUGAGAGAGAAUGGCACUGUUCUGAGCUGGGGCGAAAACAAGUUUGGACAACUGGGGAUUGCCCCCAAUGUCGCAAGCAGCUUCAUCCCGUUGGAAGUCUUCUGUUUGGAAGGUUUGGAGAAUGUCUAUGCUGGCUGGACGCAUAGCGCUGCUAUCACCAGAAAUGGUGAAGUUUAUACUUGGGGCAGAGACACCUACGGACAGUUAGGAUCCCCGAGGGAUGUCCCAUCCAAACCCGAAAAAAUCCGUACUUUGGACAAGGUGAGGCAGCUCAGUUUGGGUUCGGAGCACAACCUUGCUGUGACCACCGACAACAAACUGUACACUUGGGGCUGGAACGAGCAUGGCGGUUGCGGUACCGGCGACAAAAAGGAGGUGCGAACACCUACGCAAAUCUUGGACAACAGAAGCGUUAGAUUGGCUUUUGCCUGCACCGGAAGUUCUUUUGCAGUCCUUAAUUAGUCUCGACAUUGUCUUGUUUCUCUUUUUUAUUGUUCAUAAGUAUUUUUAUAAUUAAGAUGAUGUGUAAUUAUUGUAUCAAUGCAUUAUUUUUGUAAUAAAUAGGACUUUAUGCGUGGACAA